UCACUAUAAAUGAAGGCCUCCGGCUACGAUCUGCAGGAGAAAAAACAGUCAGAAGCUAAGGAAGAAAAAGUAUAGACACAGUGAUACAAUGGCCUGCAUCAACACAUUCCAGAGCUGCUCCGUCCUCAAGGGAGCAAAGAUCAAUGGUACCAAGAUCGGAGGAGGGAGGGGAUCACCAACCUUCCGGUGCCGGGCAUCGACGUUCAUGGACGGGAGCCUCCGGCUAGAGAUCGACGAGAACCCUGAAGCCAUCAUCUCCGGUGAGUGGCCGGAGAACUUCUCCCUGCUCAGCUACGACGAUCUCCGCGCCUACCUCCAGUCACAGGAGGCCGCUGCUCAAGCCGACAACCAGCGUGUGGCGCUCCUGAGUGAAGCCAUGUCGGCGCCUGUGCUGGUAGCCACUGCCGAGCAGACGCUGGAGGAGGUUGAGUGCCACUUUGAGACGGUCUCAGGUCUCCCAGUUAUAGAUGCCAGCCUCAGAUGUGUUGGAGUGAUCGUCAAGAGUGACCGGGCCAGGGCUUCUCAUGGGUCAAAGACGAAGAUUGCAGAAGUGAUGACCUCUCCAGCCAUCACUCUACCAUCUGACAAAACAGUAAUGGAUGCGGCAGCUCUGAUGCUAAAGAAGAAGAUCCACAGAUUACCAAUUGUAAAUCAGGACAGACAAGUGAUAGGUAUAGUUACCCGUGCUGACGUUCUUCGCGAGUUGGAAGCCCUGCUGGAGGUUUAGACGUGCAGUGGUCCAUAUGCUUCGGCCUUGUUGUAUAUAUGUAAAUAUAUGCCAUGGUGUUUUUGAAUAGCAGGCAUCUCUAAUCUGUAAGAGUGUUGUAGCGCGAAUCACCAAGAUAAGCCUGAGAAAAUAACCGGAGAGCUUUUCUUUGUACAAUAAGCACACUAUGAGACCUCCAGUGUUGUAUGCCUGUGAAAAAAUUUACGUUAGUGAAUGGUCUCCACAACAACAUAGAUGAAUGAAUAUGCCUAGUUAUCUUUCAGAACAAAACCACCAAGGUGCUUCAAAGAUGGAUAUAAAAGUGACCUUAUUGAA